AUGACAGCGAACACCUCAACGGGAGUUGUCGACAACGCCUCUUCGAAUGCUUUCAGUUUUCCGUCACAAUCCGGUCAAAUGCCGUAUUUCAACUUCCCGUCGAAUUACAACCCAACUAGCGAUUUUUCCAGCGUGAAUUUUCUAGUAAAUCGCUUCGGAGGUCCAAAUCUUGGACUGAAUAUUGCCGCAUCACAAGGACUGGUGAAUUCGAUGAGCCGGCGAAAACGACGAGUGCUUUUCACACAGCAACAGGCAAGUAAACGUAUUUAUUAUGAUGAUGAAUUAUUUGCAAAGUUAGUGAAUGAGUUGGAGCGACAAUUUCGACAUAAGAAAUACUUAAGCGCUCAGGAUAGGGAAAUCCUUGCCAAGAAUAUCGGCCUGUCACCCACUCAGGUGAAAAUCUGGUUCCAAAACCAACGUUACAAACAUAAACGGCAGGAUAAGGAAAGGGCGAUGAGUAAGGGUGGAAGAGAGAACAGUGAAUCUCCUGGAAGUCAUGACGAGAGCGAUGGCGAAACCGUGACAUCUGAUAGUAUUAAAGCCGAAAAAAUUGACUCUGAAGAAAAGCCAUCGGCAUUCCCAUCUUCGGCCGUCAACGACGCCUCCUGUCUUCCGGAUAUCAAUAAUCCGAUUUAUCAGCAGGCGAUGUACCAACAGCAUGCGGCUUAUAUUCCACAAGGCAUCCCGUUUCCAUUCCCUCAGGGCUAUCCAGCUACCGGUCAAUAUCCAUAUUCACAAUAUCGAUUGUGA